AUGCGACAGGAUUUACAAUCAUUAAGAGGGCUCGCUAUAAUAUUCGUGUUCCUGUACCAUCUGUAUCCAGCAAUUUUCGUGAAUGGAUUCUUGGGAGUUGAUAUCUUUUUCGUCCUAUCCGGAUACUUGAUGGCCAGAAACUUGACGAAGAAGAAAAUAGAAAAAUUCACAGAUUUUACAACUUUUUACUACAAACGAUUCAAGAGAAUUCUUCCAUUGUAUUAUCUUAUAGUUUUGAUAUCUUUUAUACUGGUCCAUUAUUAUUUGGGUCACUUUUGGUGGGAAAUCAACUGGAGAUACUCGUUGGCUUCCCUGUUUCUAAGCACUAAUCAGUUAUUGAUAACUGAUUCUAGAGAAUAUUUCAAGCAGUUCCUGGCUGACGAAAAAUCUCCAAAUGUGUUCCUCCAUCUAUGGUCGUUGGGGGUGGAAAUGCAAUUCUAUCUUAUUGCCCCAUUUAUAUUACUGGCUCUUCAAUGUCUCAAAAGUGAUACCCUGAAAUUCAUCGCUGUCCUCCUGACUACAGUAAUCGGUUUCAUACCGUUUCUCCUUCUCAAUGCUCACUUUGCAUUCAAUUUCAUGCCAUUGAGACUUUGGCAGUUUGCCGCAGGCUUUUGUGCACUCUUUUGGAGCAAAAUAAAUCCUGAAGAAGAACUUCCAGAGAAAUCAAAAACCACAGAUAGCCCAAAGCGGACCCUGCCAAUUGGAAAAGAAGAUUUUGUGACAGUAGGAGUAGCUGUACUCAUAUUCUGUGUGUUUCCCAGCCGCCUGGAUGUCCAUGUUAUAAGACCAAUUGUCACCUUAACUACGGCAUUUUUGAUAGUUGCAAAAUCCAAGGAGAACAAGGUACUUCUGAAACUCGACGCGCUAGUUUAUACAGGAAAUAUUUCGUACAUUGUCUAUUUGGUGCACUGGCCAGUAUUAACAUUUUUCUCGAUCAAGGAAACGUUUCAAUGUAAUUUGCUAGUGAUAUUUACAAGUCAUAAAGUGACCGUGCCGGGUCUUUCUUUUUUGUCUGUAACUAUCCCCUUCCCUCCUACCAUGGCCCCAUUUCUCCAAUCACGGUCCCAUCACCAGGUUAUCCCCAAAGAAAGCCCAAGAUCGGGUCGUCGGUUCCAAAGAGCUACCCCCAAUCCAUCCCUUCGACCUUAUUAUGGUCCUUUUCGCUUUGUCGCGGUCCCAUCUUUGGUACUCACCAUCAUCUCGUCCGUCCUAUUCCACCACCUCUACGAAAAACCGUACCUGCAGUUGAACUGGAUCCAGAUUGUAUCUCUUGUCUCUAGUCUGAUCCUUGCUAACGCUCUCGUACAGUACAGCGUCCGUGAACAUCAUUUCUGGGGGCGGACUUAUUCCCCGGCAGUUCAAAACCUUAUCGAUGCUAACGAGGCAUCACAAUAUAAUUGGGCAAGCCCUAAUCUGAAAGAUGAGUGUGUGACGAAAGAUAUGAAGCAUCCGGACCAGAACGCUAAUGGUUACGCGUAUUGUCUCUUCCCGCCUGGUAAUGGGACACUAAAAAUCAAUGACAUUGGAAAUAGUUAUGCUGAGAAUCUAAAUGAGCAGAUUCGAGAUCAAUUUCAUUAUAAUUAUUCCGAGUUCAGAUAUCUUUCGGUUGUAGGAGGAUUCGGAACUUACAACGCUCCAUAUAUAACAGAUAUGUACCGUCAGCAAGUUGAGAAAUAUAAGCCAGAUGUGCUUUUCAUCACAGCAAGAUUCUCCGACGAUAUUAAGCUCCCAAUUAAAGAAAACGACGAAAUCGUACAACAAAUCAACGAUAACAUAAAGUUCUUCGAAAAACACGUCAAGAAAAUCUAUAUCUUGGGAUCCAUGCCAUUGGUCCGUCUGAACUUUAUGAACCAUUUUCUACAGUAUGUCAUCAACAAGCCAGAGGACUUGGAGCAGCUAAAUUUGGACCAAAAAAUUGCGGAUGAGGAGCGAAAGAACGCUGUGGAGAGGUUGAAUAGAGUGAAAUGCGAAAAGUGCAAGAUCUACGACCUUAGCCCGGUAUUUGCAAAAAAUGGAAAGUACCUAACUUUCGACAGAAACACUAUAAUGGCAUAUAUAGACAACUCGAUUCACAUCACAGGAACUGGAUUUAAACUUUUGGAGCCAACGUACGCAAAACUAGCUAGAGAAGCUACGGAUACGGUGUGA